CAUGAGUGCGUCCAACUGAUCUGCUUCAUGAACUCCGGCUUGUCGUAUCUCCCGGUUUCAUGUCCAAUCCCGCCCUUCUCUGGAACAAAUAGAUCUUAUUUAAUGAUACACCCUGCGCCGCGACACAUCGACAAUUAGCAGCAGGAGAGGUCUAGAGGUCUACUCUCUGAGGGGUGUUCACCUCACGGAAACAUCCCCACGCCCGAAGGUCUCGUCUCUUAACAAAAGAGGUUGACCCGGGGAGCUUUUCGACUCGCGCCAUCCACGAAAGAUCAAGUCCGGCGACGACCAAUCACAAACCAAGAUGGACCCGUACCGGCUCUACACAAGGCACACGCACGACAUGGAAGGCAUGGAGGGCAUGGAAGGCAGCGGCAUGGACAUGAGCGACGGCAGCAGCAGCGCCAGCAGCGGCGGGGGCCACUCGACCGUCUUCCGGAACUCCAUGACGGCGCCCCUCUUCUCGGCCGCCUGGACGCCCAGCAGCACGGGCACGUACGCGGCGACGUGCAUCUUCCUGAUCGUGCUGGCGGCGCUGCUGCGCGGCCUGCUGGCGCUGCGGUCGUGGCAGGAGCGGCGCUGGCUCGACGCCGAGCUCGACCGCCGCUACGUCGUCGUCAACGGCAAGGCGCCCCUGGCCGAGAGGCUCAGCCGCGACUCGCUGGCCAAGAACAUGACCAUGGUGCUGAGCGAGAACGGCGUCGAGGAGAACGUGCUGGUCGUCCGGAACCGCGCCGCCGGCGAACGCCCGCGCCCCUGGAGGCUCACCGUCGAACCCGUCCGCGCGUUGAUGGAUACGGUCGUGGUGGGAGUCGGCUAUUUGCUGUGAGUUUUCU